UAGAACGAGAGACUGCAGCACCAGCCACGGGAGGGAGAAAGCGGCUCCGACACCGGCACCAGCCCCGGGAGGGAGAGGGAGAAAGCGGCCCUGACGCCAACACAAGCCCCGGGAGGGAGAGGGAGAAAGCGGCCCUGACGCCAACACAAGCCCCGGGAGGGAACGCGGCUCCGGGAGGAAGGGGGAGGGCGGCGAUCUGAGUUGCGUUUGGCUUGAACCGGGUGCAGGGUCGGGCCCAGGAUGUCGGAGGAGGGCGCGGUACAAGUGUGUGUCCGGAUGAGACCACCCAAUGACAGAGAGAAAUCUUUACAAGGCGGGUCAGCUGAAGCUCUUCAGAUUCAUUGGAAAGCCGACAAACAAACUGUUUCCCAGAUAUCUGGAUCAAGGUCUUUCAGUUUUGACCGUGUAUUCCAUCCUGAAGAGUCAACAGCCACCGUUUAUAAUGAGGUUGCACACUCCAUUGUGCACUCUAUUACCAAGGGCUACAAUGGGACCAUAUUUGCAUAUGGGCAGACUUCUUCAGGAAAGACUUACACAAUGAUGGGAAAUGCAGUUUCUUCUGGUCUUAUUCCUCUGGCAAUCUGCAAUUUGUUCAAUGUCAUUAAUAAUACGCCGAACAGAGAAUUUUUAUUGCGGGUUUCUUACAUGGAAAUUUACAAUGAGUCAGUAUCUGAUUUGCUUGUUGGUCCAAAAAGAAGGCCCCUAGAAGUUAGAGAAGAUAUGGAACGGACAGUUUAUGUUGCCAAUCUGACAGAAGAGUUGGCUGUAACCUAUGAGGAUGUCAUGAAAUUGGUCCAUAAAGGAGAAAAAAACCGGCAUUAUGGAGAAACCAAGAUGAAUGAGCACAGUAGUCGGUCGCAUACAAUUUUUAGAGUGAUUGUGGAAAGCAGGGAUAAAAAUAAUGAAGCGGUUAUUGUUGCACACCUGAAUUUGGUUGAUCUGGCAGGCAGUGAACGAGCCAGCCAAACAGGAACUGAAGGUGUCCGCCUAAAAGAAGGAUGUUUUAUCAACCGUAGUUUGUUUGUACUCGGUCAAGUUAUAAAAAAGCUCAGUGAUGGGCAAGCUGGUGGUUUUUUAAAUUAUAGGGACAGUAAGCUGACACGGAUUCUGCAGAAUUCACUUGGGGGCAAUGCAAAAACUUUGAUCAUUUGCACAAUCACUCCAGUUAGUUUUGAGGAAACCCUCAGUACUUUACAGUUUGCAAGUACUGCCAAAUUCAUGAAGAAUACACCUCAUGUGAAUGAAGUGAUGGAUGAGCAAGCAAUGUUAAAGCGAUGUCGGAAGGAAAUAAUGGAUCUGAAAAACCAAUUGGAAGAACUCACCUCAGAGACUCGUGUUCAAGCAAUGGAGAAAGCUCAACUAUUGUCAGAAAAGCAUAUCCUUCAAAUGGAUCAUGAGCAGAAAAUAAAGAAUUUGACAAGAAUGCUUGUCAGAGUUUCAACUGAUGAUGACCAAGAAACAAAGGCCAGAAGAAAAAGGAGGGUUACCUGGGCUCCUGGAAAAUUGCGAGCUAGUUUUGACUCCUCUGCCAAAAUGAUCAAGUUGGAUAAAGUCAAUCAAGAGUUUGAUGAAGAUGACAAUGAAGAUGACCCUUUUGAUGUGGACAGUGCUUGGACAUCUAAAAUUAUCUCAGAGUGUAAUAGUUCAAUCACAACAAAAAGAGGUGGAAGUUGUGGUUUCCAGAUACCUCCAUUUGAAGAUUCUCUUUACUUUAAUGAACAAAGCAGAGUAAACACUAACUGUAGUAGUUUGCUGUAUGAUGUAUCUUCAAAGGAUGAAUUGGAACAAAGGAUUUCUGAACUGGAAAAAGAACUUGAAACCCUAACAGAAGAGAGAGAAAAAGAAAUAAAAAAGGAAAAGGAAUAUGCAAGCCACGUUGAGAAACAACUACAGGAUAGUAUUGAGAUUUGUGAGCUACUUUAUUCAAAACUGUUUGAUGCAGAAAGCUUAAAAAUGGAGAAUGAUAAACAGAAAGAAGAAAUUGAAGAAUUGAAAGAAAGACUGGAGAAAGCAAAGUUCUUCCAAAUGGAGAAUGAGAAACAAAAAAAGGAAAUCAAAGAACUAGAAAAACUGAGAGAAGGGAUUGAAGAAUUGAAAGAGAGACGAGAAAUUGAGGAAUUUGAGUUUUUGGAAAAAGAAGCAGAAAAAGAAGGAAAGGAACAGGAACAGCAUGAAAAUGAGAUGAUCAAGAUGCUGGUUCGCAAUUCUGAGAGUACUGACCAGGAGCUUGAGAUCAAGCAGUUGCAACAAUCACUGAAAGAUGCAGAGGUUGUAACUCGUGAUGCAAAGAAAGAGUCUUCCCUUCUCAGAAGUGAAAAUCUGGAGCUUAAGGAAGAAAUGAAUAAAAUGAGAGUGGACUAUCAAAGAAUGGAAAACGAUGUCCAAUCAUACAGCAGCCAGCUAGAUGCUGAACGGUCACGCUACAAAGAAAUGCAAUCUGAUUUACAGAAAGAAUUAAAUUUUGUUUUCAAUGAAAAUACCAAGCUAAUGUCUCUUCUGGAUGGAAAAGUCCCAAAAGAUUUAUUGGAUCGUUUUCAUUUGGAAAAGAGCAUGGCUGAUCUUAAACAACGGUUGGAUAAAUCAGAAAAAGAAAAGAAUAGUCUUCAGGAAGAAGUAUCUCUAUUAUCCCAAUAUAAAUCAUUGCCUGAAAAAGUAGAUGAAUUAGCAAAACAGGUUCAGCAGCUGACCGAAGAACUUAAUGGUGUUACUUCCGAAAGGGAUACUUUGUCGGAGUGCAGAGAAGAUGAUGUUAAACAACUUGAGAACUUGCGUGGAGAGUUGUUAUCCAUUGUCCAGGAUAGGAACAAACUCCAGGAAGUUCUUGCUAGUGUCCAGUCAGAACAGGAUCAUCAGGAGAAGAUCAAAACUUUACAACAGGAUGAAAUGAAGUGUAGUUUGGAGAAUCUCAAAAACGAAUUAGAUCUGUACUCCGUAAGGCUCGAAGAAGAGAAGGCUAAGUGUGCACAGUUUCAGCAAGGUAUUGAAGACAAAGAAAGACAAAUUAAAGAGCAGGAACAACAAUUGAAGCAGGAGCUUAUAAAACAGAAGGAAAUUGAUGAUAAAUAUUCUAAAUCUUCAGAAGAGAUUAAACUACUUAAAGAGGAAAAAGAAGAGCUAAUGAUCAAAUUGGAGGUUUUAAUGAAAACCAAUGAAGAACUGACAGUGUCACAAUCCAACUCUCAUCAAAAGGUACAAGCACUAACUAAAGAACUCCAAAUGUUAGCCUCUCAACGUGAUAUUAAGAGUGAGAACCAAGAACUUGAGGUUCAUGAUUCCAGUAAGCAAGACACAGAAUUGCAAGAACAAUUAUUCAGCCAGCGUCUCCAACAACUCCAGGAUGAGAAAUCCACCUUAAUGAAGGAGAAGGAAGAUCUCCAGACCAUUCUGGAAACUGUCAAAAUAGAAAAGGAUGCAAUGAAGAGAGCCCUGCAAGGAAAAACUGAAAUGAUACAAGAGGGAAGCGAGAAACUGCACUGUAUGAUACCUCAACAUGAUGUACUGCCUGCUGAGAGUAAAGAACUUAGAGAUCAGGUUUCCAAAGAGUCAAGUGCAGACAUACAAGAAGAGAAACUCAACUGGCAGCUCCAACAACUGAAGGAUGAAAAUUCUUCAGUAAUAAAGGAGAAGGAUGAUCUCCAGGUGAUGCUGGAGAAUGUCAUUGUACAGAGGGACGAAAUGGAGAGUGCACUACAAGAAAAAUCUGAGAGGAUGCAGGAACAAACUGAAGAUCUGCAACGUGUCAUGUCUCAACGUGAUAUGUUGCUUGGUGAAAUUGAAGAACUGAAAGCUUCUAUUUCAAAAGAACAAGGAGCAAAAAUUGAGAAUGAAUUCAAUCAAAGGCUCCAGCAAAUUGAGGCUGAGUAUUCAUUGAUCCUAAAGGAAAAGGUUAAUCUCCAGGAGACAGUACAGUGUGUCAAAGAAGAACGAAAUGAAAUGAAGAGCACACUACAGGAAAUUACAGAGAAAAUACAAAAACAAACUGAGGAACUCCACCAUGUAGUAUCUCAGCGAGAUGUGCUGUUUGGUGUAAUUCAAGAGCUGAGAGCUUCUAUUUCCAAAGAACAGAAAGCUGAAAUUCAGGAGAAGGAAUUCAGCGAGAGGCUUCAGCAACUCAAAAAUGAAAAAGCAGCCAUUGCAAAGCAGAAUGAUGAUCUUCAAGCAAUGCUGGAGAGUAUUAAGUUGCAAAGGGAUGAAAUUAAGAACACCCUACAAGAAAAUACUGAAAAGAUGCGAGAGCAAAGUGAGAAACUGCACUGUGUGGUGGCUGGGCGUGAUGCGCUGCUUGGUGAAAUUGAUCAGCUGAGAGCUCAAGUUUCCAAAGGACAGUCCCCAGAGAAUCUGGGAGAGAAAUUUAACCAAUGGUUCCAACAAUUUGAGGAUGAAAAAUUACAAGUAAUAAAGGAGAAGGAGGACCUCCAGGGGUUACUGGAGCGUGUCAAAACACAGAGCAAUGAAAUGAUGAGUACUCUACAAGGAAACACAGAGGCAAUUCAUGAACAAACAAAAGAACUGCGUCGUGUGGUAUCUCACCGAGACGAGCUGCUUGGUGAGAUUGAACAGUUGAGAUCGUGUGUUUCUAAGGAACAAGCAGUUAAAAUUGAGGAGAAGAAGUUGUGUGAAAGGCUACAGCAAUGUGAAGAUGAAAAAUCAAUCCUAGCAAAGGAAAAGUGUGAUCUUGAAGAGACAUUAGAAAGUGUCAAAGUACAGAGGGAUGAAAUGAAGAGGACCUUGGAAGAAAACAAUCAGGUGUUGCUCAAGUGGACAAAUGAACUUAACGGUGUAAGAAAUCACCGUGACCAGCUGCUAGUUGAAAUUGAGCAGUUGAAGGAUGAAGUGAAGAAAGUGGAACUUUUGCGACAAGAAUCUAAUGAUCAAUUUGAGAGAGAAACAAAAUCCAGAACAAUGCAGAAAGAUGAGCUGCAGUUGCAGAUAGAUAAAAUCCAGAAAGAUCUUUGUGAAAAGGCUGAAAUGCUUAUGAUCGAGCAAAGAAGAAAUGAAGAGCUCAAAACACUUGUCGCAACCUUGGAGAAACAAAUUGUCACGUGGAAAGAGGAGAAAAUACAAAUUGUAUCCACUAAAUCAGAAGCUGAUCCAGUUGAAGCAGAAAUUAAUAAACUUAGCAAUUAUCUCCAGGAAAAAGAUCUACUAUUACAAACCGCAUUUCGAAGUUUAUUUGAAUUGGAAAAUGAGUACAAGAUUGGACUCGCUAAAACUGAUCAGGAAUUCUCGAGAGAGAUGGAGGCUUGGAAAGAGCUACUGCUCAGAAUUUGUUCUGAAGUGCCUGAAGGAUCAGCAGAAUCAAUACGCAUUGUAAAACUACAGGAAGAAAAUGCAAAACUAUAUGAAAAACUUAUGUUGUGGAGAAGUAAUUUUAUGAGAGUGAUGAGCACUGUGCCUCCUCGUGUGAAGAACUAUCAGAAACCUAUUAGGAAAUGUGAUGUGAGUCUAGCAGAUGAGAAAAAGAAGAAUGAAGAAUUGCUCUCGCAGUUGCAGGCUCUGAAAAAGCAAGUAUCUGAUCCAUCAGAAUUGCAAUUAGUAUCAGUCGAGAAGAAUGCUGAAAUAAGAAGAAUUUCGGUCUUAAUUGCAAGUAAAGAACACCACUUAGAGAAUGCCCAGCAGAAUUUGUUGGAAUUAAAGUCAAAAUAUCAAAAGUACCUGACCUGCUCCGAAAAUGGAAUACUGUCCAGAGCAAAAGCCCGAAACAAUCUUAAGGAAAAAAUUGCCAAACAGUUGGAGAGAAAUAUUUUGAAGAUAAUUGAAGAAAUUGAGAAUGAAAAUCAAAUAUUAGGUCAGGAAUGUCAACUUCAAACGAAAUCUGUUCAGAGUGAAGCUGCAUAUUCUGAAUCUCUGCGAAAUGGAUAUAUAAAGUAUAUCAGGAAUUCUUGUGAUGAGUUGGAAAAUGAGAAGAAAAAGAAUGAUGAACUGCUUUUACAAAUUGAAGCUGUCAAGCAGGAAUCAUUGAACAAAAAUGGUUGUGAUUCAUUGAAUCUGGAAAACCAGAAGCUAUCCAAAAAGUUGAAAGAAGCCGAGCUAUUGCUGCAGAAUGAGAGAAUAAAAAUUAAUGAGCUUGAAGCAACCCUGGCAACAAGCCAAGAAGCCUACAAGCAACAGGAAGAAAAGCUCUCGGAACUACAAACAGAAAUAGGCUCCAAAGCAUUAGAGAAAAAUCUUGAUGUUCUUCAGUCAAAACUGUUGAAGAAGGACAGCCAAAUUAAAAAUUUAGAAGAAAGUUUGGAACAACUGCAGGCUAAGCUAGACAUGGGAGCUCAACCUUUCAAAGAAGAGAUGACUGAUCUGAAAAAUCAAUUGUUUGCAUUACAGAUGGAAAAAGUUAAAGAGACUAAACAUCUUGAAAAUCAAAUUAGUUCUCUCAAAGCCAGCUUAGAGCAUAAAGAAGAGUCAUUGAGACAACUGAAGGAAACACUCCGAAGAAACCAGCAAGAACAGGAUAUCAGCAUUACAGUUGAAAAUAGUAAAGAUAAAACGUGUUCCACUGACGUAUCUCUCACGUGUAGUGCUGGAAGCGGUAUAGUUCAGAAUGCAGUGGUACUUGUUCUAAAUGCUGAGAAAGCUAAACUUACUCGAGAUCUAAAUCAGUUUAAGAAGGAAAAUGAACAUCUUGCAAGAAUGGUGUCUGAGCUAAAAUUUGAAAAAAACAUAUGGAAAGAAAGAGCAACAAAGCAUGAAGAGAAAGACAGAACGCUAUUCAAGCAGGAAAAUAUUCAACAUACUUUAACACAAUGUCCAGAUGACAGUCUCCCUUCGCAGUCACAGAAGGAAUGUUCACUACCAGUGUCACAAAAUGUUGAGAUUUCAAAAGAAUUGUUUCCUCAUGAAAAUAAAGCUGCUGCCACUGAGGAUAAAGCUUUGGAAAACGAGCUACCCAUCGAUUCUUCUAAGGCAUCAUCGUUUGGUAUGGAAUCACAGCCAUGGUCACUUCCUCGGACCAAAAUCUUUGAUAAUUCUAGGCUGAGUUUUCCUGGAGCGGCAAGUCCUCAAGCAAAACCCAAAUAUGAGAAGAAUGAACGUGAUGAUUGGUGGCCCAAGCCCUCUGCUGCUGAUCCGGAAUGUAAAAUGCAGUGACCGUUCUUUGGGGCAAAGGAAUAGCUCAUUAACUUCAUUCACGAAGGCACUAUUGAAAUUGUCACGAGGACCCAUUUAAUGAUGAAACAGAUUGUAUACUCUUGCGAGAGCCGAGUAGCUCGAUUUGUUAAUAAUAUUUUACUCUAAUCUCACUUGCAGAGGUCACAGAACAGCUAGUCUGAUUCAAAUUGUCACACUGAUGCACUGGGUGCUGUUCUAAUGAGGGUAAAAGGAAAUUGGUUCUGAAUCUAACUGUGGUAAACCUUUCCAAGCAAUGCUGGAUUUCCAAAUUUGGAAAAAGUUGCACUUCCAACACACAUUUCUUGUAGCAUCAAAAUAUUUUUGCAAAAGUGUCUCUGUAGCCAGAAUUAACCAUUUAGCAGCAAAGUUUGUGGCAAGUUGUCAAAGGCUUGAGUGGGUUUUUUGUUAAUUACAUGAAAUAUUAUCCUGGCUAACACUAGGCAAUGUUUCAAAAACCUGUCACCAUAGUGAUGGUUUCAGCAACCAGUAUUGAAGUUCUGUUAUAAAUGUAUUCACUUUUAUACUAAAAGUUUCUACUAUUGACAUUUUCUUGCAAAAAUAAAGGCAUUUUUUCUAAUGAAUAAGACAUUUUUUUGGUUUUGCUAAUACAUGGUACUAAAUUGCCAUUGCUGAGCACUCAAAGGUUGUUAAAAUAUCAUUUAACCUUCAUAGAUUGCAAAAACACAGUAUUUGAGGGGAAAGUAAGUUGCUCUGUUUUUUUCAUUCAUUCGUGGGAUGUGUGCAGGAGUAACAUUUAUUGCCUAUCCCAUUGUGCCUGACAGUCUGCUGAGCCAUGCUCUGCAGUGAAUUUUGUGAGGGUAUGCCCACAGUGCUAUUGGGGUGAGUGCUGAAAUCACCCAGUUAGACCAUCCACCCCCCCACCACCACCACCUUUUUCUCACACCCGACCUCCCAGUUGGUGUCUAUCACUCAGCACACCCCCUCACCCCGCCCCCUUCCUCCCAGUCAGUCACUCCUGCAGUGACUCUCUCAGUAAAAGGACAGCUGCUUUUAGAGCAACAGAAGGAGAAACAAAAAUCUUCCAGUGUGCAGGAAUAAAGCAGCUGCUGCUGUGGAGAAGCAGGAGUCUUGCUUUCUGUGCAAAAGGAAGGGAACUGAACAAAAGAUUUUUGGAGAUUUGUGGAACAAGGAGUCACCAAGUGGGCUUUCCUGCUGGAAUCCAAUUUGGAAACUCUGGCUGAAUGGACCAGCUUUUGAAGGGCAUUGGAACUUCUAAUAGAAGUGAGCCAGUUGGAGAAUCAGGAGCAACUCUGGGCUUGUCCUCAUAAUGCUACAGGUAAGCCAGAUGUGCAGUGCAGAGUGGAAAAAGUUGUCAAGAUGUAUCACUUACUUAAUGCAUAAGUGCCUUUUUAAUUCAAUGCAUUAGUUG